GCUACGUCACAAGCAGGAAACACAAUGGCGGAUGCCAAUGCGGCAGUGGCCGUAGUAACUGUUUCAUUGGUUCUUUUGGGACUUUUAUCCGGGCUAAGUUUGUCGUGGGCUCUUCUUCCAGUCGCUGUAGUGGUGCUUAUUUUUAUGCUAGCCAGUGGUUUGAAGGGACGAGAUGAAUUUGCACAUUUGAACGUUUGCGUGUUGGUGCUGGGAGAUAUAGGGCGCAGUCCUCGUAUGCAGUAUCAUGCGCUCUCUUUCAGCAGACAUGGAUACAAUGUCACCCUUAUUGGCUUUCUUGGGACUACUCCUCACCAAGACAUUCUUGAGGAUGAGAGGAUAGACAUACUUCCCAUUUCAGAACUAAAGGGACUCAGAUUCGGACCUAAAAUCUUCAGAUAUGUCUGUAAGGUGAUACUGCAGUCUUUUCAGCUCUUCUAUGUGUUGAUGAAGAUUGAGGACCAAGGCUAUAUUCUUAUGCAGAACCCACCUGGAUUGCCUGGUAUAGCAGUGGCAUGGCUGGUGAGUCGUUUAAGGGGAAACCAGUUUAUCAUAGAUUGGCACAAUUAUGGCUACACCAUAAUGGCCCUUAGUCACGGAGAGAAGCAUCCGAUUGUAAAGGUUGCUAAAUGGUAUGAAAAGCUUUUUGGUUGUUUCUCGGAUCUUAACCUAUGUGUUACCAAUGCGAUGAGAGGGGAUCUUCAGAAGAACUGGAAUAUCAAGGCAACCACGUUAUAUGACAAGCCACCCUCAAUAUUUAGAGAAACACCUUUGAAACUUCAACAUGAGCUGUUUAUUAGAAUCGGGAGUGUUUAUUCAGCAUUUAAGCCAAGUUCUCAGGUCAGCAAAGAGCACACAGAAUUGACAGCCUUCACAGAGCGUAAUACUCAAACAGGAGCUGUGACGCCCUCUCCUGGACGACCUGCGUUACUUAUCAGCAGCACCAGCUGGACAGAGGAUGAAGAUUUCUCAAUUCUUUUACAGGCACUUGAAGACUAUGAGCAGUUUGUUGAAAAAGGGGACAAACUUCCAUCACUGGUCUGUGCAAUUACAGGUAAAGGUCCUCAGAAGGAAUAUUACAAGAAGCUGAUUGACUCUAAAGACUUCAAACAUGUCAAGAUUUGUACUCCAUGGUUAGAAGCUGAGGAUUAUCCUGUUUUACUCGGUUCGGCUGAUCUUGGGGUCUGCUUGCACAAAUCCUCCAGUGGUCUUGACCUUCCAAUGAAAGUGGUUGAUAUGUUCGGAUGUUGUUUGCCAGUCUGUGCCAUACGUUUUCAAUGUUUGCAUGAACUCGUGAAACAUGAAGAAAAUGGGCUGAUUUUUAAAGACCCCAGUGAACUGUCUGAACAGCUAAAGCUUCUCUUUUCAAACUUCCCAGGUGAACAGGGUAAACUGCGCCUCUUCAGGAAGAAUCUAAGGGAAAGCGGGCAGCAGCGCUGGGAUGAGAACUGGGACCAUAACGUCUUGCCUCUUAUUAAAGAGCACUGUGAUUGAUCAUCAAUAGAAUUUAAACAAUGGGUUUGUAAAUCAGGCUCUCCAGUCCUUUGACUGCUAUUUAAUAAUUUAAUAGAAAGUUACUGUCAGGUAUUUGCACAGGGUAAAAAUUCUAAGCUGUCCUUAUAGUGGGACAAUCAGCAUUCCAGCAAUGCCAUGGGAAAAGACUUGAACAUGAGAAAAAGCACACUAUGUAAAUAUGUAAAUAAAUAUUUUAUUACAAAAUGAUCUUGACUGUUUUGUCAUACAUGUAUUUUAAUGACUUCUAUAGUGGAGACUCUGUUGUAAGGGAAUACUUGGGUAACAA